GCAUUAUAUCAAUUAUAAGUUAAUGAAGAAGAAAGUUAACAGAUAUACUCAGCAAAUAGAGAUUGGAACACAAAAUGACUACAAUGUGCUCAGGGACUUCUCAAGAUUAUUAGAUAUUCAGGCAAUAAACUUCUUUAGUUGGUUAAGUUGCAGUUGGCUUGUUACAGAUUACUUAAGGCACGUCUAAUCUCAAGGGAAUGUCCUUACUACUUAGGCCCAACCAUACGUGAAAUUGCAAUAACAGUUGAGAAAGGUCACAAACAGCUAGUGGCCAGUGCAAUAGCAAAACUGAUGGCAAAAUAGAAGAAACCAGCCAUGUCAAAAUUAUCUUACGAAUGAGUCUGUUUAAUAUCUUGAAAUUUCCUUGACAAUAGCUAAACAAUAGGGAACGCAUAUUGAUAGACGUAGUUAGGAACCUUGUAGACCAUCUUGGAGGGGCUGCUAAAAUGAAAGGUCCCUUAAAGUUAGAAGAGAUUGAAAAGAUUGUUUUGUUUUUGUUGGAGCAACAAGGAUUACUUGCAAUGAGGUUAUCUAGUCUUGGUGAAGAGCAAGGCGCCCUUUCCCAACAACUUACAGAAGCAAACGUUGCUGAACUACAGGAACAAUAUAGAGCAGCUGGACAAGAUCUUCUGAGGCUUCUCGCUUUUGUGGAGAUAAAUGCAAUUGGUCUACGCAAGAUAUUAAAGAAGUUCGAUAAACGCUUUGGCUACAAGUUUACAGAUUAUUAUGUCAAAACUCGUGCUAACCAUCCUCAUUCCCAACUUAAACAAGUUUUUAAGCAAGUGGGUAUAGUUGCUGUCGCUGGUGCCAUAUUUCAUAAUCUUGCAGAGCUUGAAGGUCAUAAAGAGAGUUACAUCUCAAUAUAUGAUCAACUUGACCUUUCAUAUCAGGACCCUGUAAUUGAUUCCAUCAAAGCAGCUCUAAACAGAUUAUCAAACUCCACAAAUUUUCUUCAAUUUUUGGGAAAACAUGCCAUGCUUUUAGAAGAUGGGUUAUCAGAUCCUGCUGAGAAUAACGUUGAUGAAAGAUAUAAUUUUAUGUCACUUCUUUUGAACUUAGUAAACACAUUUUUGUAUAUGGUAAAUACAUAUAUUAUUGUCCCAACAGCUGACAACUACACCAUGAGCUUGGGAGCUGCCGCGACUGUCUGUGGCAUUGUGAUUGGGGCAAUGCCUGUGGCACAGGUGUUUUCUUCGGUUUAUUUCAGUUCUUGGUCAAACAGGUCAUACAUGCAACCACUGGUUUUUAGUAGCAUCAUUCUUGUAGUGGGAAACGCAUUGUAUGCACUGGCAUAUGAUCUCAAGUCCAUCACUGUUCUUCUGGUCGGCCGUCUUUUCUGUGGGUUGGGUUCUGCAAGAGCAGUUAACCGGCGCUAUAUUACCGACUGUGUGCCAUUGAGAUUACGAAUGCAAGCUUCUGCAGGAUUUGUUAGUGCAAGCGCACUGGGAAUGGCAUGUGGUCCAGCUCUUGCUUGUGUUUUUCAAAGAAAUUUCAAGAUAUUAUUCAUUACAUUUAAUGAGGACACUUUGCCUGGUUGGGCCAUGGCUCUUGCAUGGCUCAUUUUUCUCGUAUGGUUGUGCAUUUGUUUCAAAGAGCCUUUUUCAGUCAUACCAUCGGAAGCUAAUACGGGAAAAACUGCAAUACUUAUUUUGGAGAAUGGUUGUACACAACCACUACUUUUAAGCAAAGAAGCUAAGCAAGAAUGUGCAGAUCAAGAAUGUGAUGAUGAUGACAAUGAUGACGGUGGACAAUCGAAAAGAACUCGCAAACCAGUCAAUUCAAUAAUGUUAGCUUAUAAGUUACUUACACCAUCUGUCAAGGUGCAACUAUUUGUAUAUUUUAUGCUAAAAUAUGCAAUGGAAAUUGUACUUGCUGAGUCGAGUAUAAUCACGGGCUACUACUUUGUAUGGUCGACCACCAAUGUUGCAGUCUUUCUAGCAUGCCUUGGCUUGACAGUGCUCCCUGUAAACAUCAUUGUUGGGAACUACCUCAGUAACUUAUUCGAAGAAAGGCAACUUCUUCUUGCGUCUGAAAUUAUGCUUUGCAUAGGCGUAAUUUUGAGCUUCCAUAUUUUGAUUCCUUACUCAGUACCUCAAUAUGUGUGCUCGGCUCUAAUCACAUUUGUCUCUGCUGAAAUCCUUGAAGGUGUAAAUUUGUCACUUCUCUCUCGAGUCAUGUCGUCGAGACUUUCACGUGGGACAUUUAAUGGUGGCUUACUUUCCACCGAAGCUGGAACUAUAGCUCGAGUGAUCGCAGAUGGCACAAUAACAUUGUCAGGGUACUUGAGUGAAAGUAAACUCUUGAAUAUUACCUUACUUCCUUCACUUUUUAUUUGCGUAUAUGCCAUUAUAGCAACAUGUUUUACCUACAACUCUCUUUACUAAUCUUCUUUUCUACUUAUUUCUCUUCCACCCGUUAUCAUGUAUAAAAUGUGUAAAUGAUGUACAUAUCAUAUGGGUAAGCUUAGCUUGGUUUGAGAAGAAAGCUACCAAGUCUGUUGGUAAAGAUGAAACUAUUUUUGAAACGCUUAUAUGGUUUUGUAUAAAUCUUCUAUAUUUACUUAUAUCUUGUUGGUUCUCUAA